AUGCAUUAUUCAGCGUAUUUGAGACGGAAGAGAAUUCAGGAAUUAAAAGCUUGUGAGAAAUGCCUGAGGAAACACACAGGAAGAUGUGACGCGCCAAGUUGCGCUAAAUGUGGCCAAGAUCACCAUACAUUAUUAUGUGUAGUACCCAGGAAAGCAGAGCAAGACAGUAAAAGAAAUGUUAACGGAAUGUUAGCAAUAGAAGGGAUGAAGACUCAACCAGAAGAGAGGAACAUUCCUAUAAUGGCAACGGUUGAUGUCAACGCUAGCAGUGAGGAAACGGCUGAGAAAUUUGAGAAGUUGACGGUGGCGAUGGAUACCCAUGCAACGUUGAACUUCAUCACUAGAGAAGCUGCUGAGAGAAUGCAACUGAAGACUGAAGAAGCAAAGCUAUCAGAAAUGUCAGGUUUUAGAGCGAAGUCAACGAUGGUGGAGACAAAGAAAGCGCAGAUAUUUCUCCAGUUAACAGAUGGAUCGAAGAUAAAAGUAGACGUUUUGGUAGUGGAUCAGUUUGUCAAACCAUACCAGAUGAUCACAGGAAUUCCACAAACGAUGGAGGAGAUCAAGAAGUAUAAGAUACAAUUACCGCUCCCCAAAAGAGAACCCGAUGUGUUGCUCGGAGUAGGAGAAGUAGCGAAAUUGGAGAUGGCUUACACCGACGAGAAGCAUCCAACAAACUUGAGCGUGGUGAAAACAAAGCUAGGAUACGCCCUCAGUGGAAUAAUCGUUGUAGAGAAGUCCAAGAAGAUCGAGGAAGGAAUCGUUAUGGUAACGAAGGAUGAGAAUUUUGAUUUUAAGAAAACCGAUGAUUGGGAUAUCAAGGAUCUAUGCGACAGAGUAAGAGAAUUAAAGCAUUUAGGAAUCUCAGAAGAAGAUUUUGAAAAGACGGAAGAAGAUGAAGUGGUAGAAACUUACAGAAAGUCGAUGUAUCGUGAUGAAGAAGGUCGAUACCAAGUAGAAUAUCCGAUUAAGGAAGACAUUUGGAAACUGGAUAGCCAGUUAAUGUUAGCAAUUUCGAGACUAAAGCCAACUAUUGAGAAGUUGAAGAGAUCACCAGAACUUUUGAGAACAGUGAACGAAACGAUUGAGAAUCAACUGAAAGCAGGAAUAAUUCAAGAGGUGAGGCUGAACGACGAAUUACCAGAAGGUUCAUUACCACCACACUAUUUACCACAUCAUAUUGUGACGAAGGAUUCAGAGACGACCAAGCAUAGGAUGGUAUUAGAUCCGACAGCAAAGUCAAAGAAGAACACACUCAACAAGAGUUUGAAUGAGUGCCUGCACAAAGGAAAGCCAGAUCUGCCUACAAUCUUUGGAAUUUUGUUGAGAUGCAGAACCUUCAAGACCCUGGUACUGAGUGAUGUCGAGAAAGCAUUUCAUCAGAUUGGAAUUGCACCAACACACAGAGCGAUUUGCAGAUGGUUGAUGCCUAAGAAUGUCAAUAGACCGUUGACUUUUGAGAAUCUGCGAGUGUUCGAAUUUAAGAGGUUACCCUUUGGUUUAAGACCAGCACCAUUUAUGUUACAGGAAGCAAUCAAGGACUUGUUUGAGAAGGCAGAAGGUACUCUUGGAAAGGAAAUAUUGUCCAAUUUGUAUGUGGACAAUGUAAACAUUGGGGCGGAUAAUGAUGUGGAAGCCCAGAGGAAAUCAGAAGAAGCGAGAAGAAUACUGGAAGGAGCCCAAAUGAACUUGAGAGAAUUUAUUUCGAAUGGGAAAAUUCAGAUGCCAGAGAAGCUGAUGGGAAACCAGGAGAAGGCUAAAGUACUUGGAGUACCAUGGAACGUCAAGAAGGACACAUUGAGAAUAAAGUUGCCGAAGGUCAACAAGAAUCCAGAACAGACGAGAGCUGAUUUCGUGAGUCUAGCUCAUUCGGGCUACGAUCCACUACAAUUGCUAUCGCCAUUGUUCGUGGAAGUGAAACGAUAUAUUCAGAAGAUGUGGAAAUACCCAGAAUACGGAUGGACGAAGAAGUUUCCAGCAGAAUUUGUAGAGGAUUGGUUAGAAAUAGUGUCGACAUGGAAUGAACAAGAGUUUGAAUUUCAGAGAUACACUCAGAUUGAAGACGGCGAUGAAUUACAUGUAUUUGCAGACGCUUCAGAAUACGCUUUUGGAGCGGCGAUUUACGCAGUGAAUGUGAAGAACAGAGUAUCAGGAGGAACGUUAUUGGCAUCAAAGAGUCUGAUCACACCAAGGAAGGCAGCAACUGAGAAAGGCGAUGACGGAAAACUGAAGAAGAUAAGGUUAGAUGAACCGCAAUUCACUAUACCCCAAGGAGAAACAGCAGGAGCAGUGACCGCUUGUCGAUUGGCAGAGAAUGUCAAGAGAGAGUUACAGAAGAAUGUGAAGAUCUAUUUAUGGGGAGAUAGUACGAUAUGUUUGAAUUGGAUAAGAAAUGGAGCAUCAGAUCAGCCGCUUGCAGUCAGAAACAUGCUGAGAAAAAUUUGGAAGUCAGAAGUCGCAAACUUUGGACAUGUACCGACAGAUCAGAACCCAGCAGACAUCGCCAGUAGAGGAACAACACCAGAAGAGUUGAGAACUUUGACGUUGUGGUUCAAGGGUCCGGAUUUUUUGAGAAAAGAACCGGAAGAAUGGCCGUCGAAAUUGACAUUUAUUCAAGAAGGAGAACCUGAGAAUAAAGAGGAUGAUGAGAAACAAGAGAUCAUCCUACCAGUACAGAACGUCAAGCCAGAUGGGAACGAGAAUGUGUUGAGAAGAUUAUUUAAUCAGAAUUCUUUUAGAUUCGCUGUCAGAGUCACGAUGAAGAUCCUAAAGUUUAUCGAUAAAAUGAAGAAAAAGAAGAACCCCGAGUACUUAGAACGAGGAGAAGGAGAGUUGUUAUCAGAAGCUCAACACACCAUCUACAGAAUUGCGCAAGAAGAAUACCCGCCAACGAAAGAUCAAAUCGAGAACUUGAUGUUGAGAAAAGACCCAAGAGGAAUUUGGAGAUCAGUGGGAAGAAUCGGUUCAGCCAACGUGUCGAAGAAUCGGAAGUUUCCAGUGUUUGUUCAUCAGAAGUCUGAUUUAGCGAGACUGGUGAUCCAGCAUGCGCAUGAAAGAGUGUGUCAUCAAGGACCGAGAGCGACAUUGUGUUGGUUGAGAAAUAAUUUUUGGAUUCCAAAAGGAAUGAGAAGCACGAUGAGUCAGAUUCGCCGAUGCCCAGAAUGCUUGGGAAAAUACCGGAAACCAUUUGAGAAACCGAAUCCAGAUGCACUACCACAAGAACGAAUUACACAAGCAGUACCUUUUGAGAAUGUAGGAAUUGAUGCCUUUGGACCAUACAGAAUUCAAACAGAGGCAGGACUGAGAAAAAGAUGGGGGUGUAUAUUCGCCUGCAUGGUGACGAGAGCAGUGCAUCUUGAAGUUCUGGAAGAUAUGACGAGUGAAGCCUUUAUGAGAGCAUUUAAAAGAUUUGUUGCAACGAGAGGAGUACCUUUGAGAAUCAUCACGGAUAACGGGACGAAUUUUGUGGGCGCGGAAGAUCAAAUCAGAGCGUAUUAUGCUCCUGAGAGAACGAUAUACUGGAAGUUCAAUGACCCAAGAUGCCCUUGGAAGGGCGGGUUUUACGAAAGGCUCAUCGGAAUAGUCAAGUCAGCGUUCACGCGAUGUGCUAAGAAAUUGAGAAGAAUAGAUGACGUGGAACUCGCAACUUUAUUCAAAAUGUUGGAAGAUGCAGUCAACAACAGGCCGCUCCUAAGGUCAUCAGAUGUCAGAGAUCAGUAUACGUGUUUACGGCCAGUAGAUUUCUUGCGACCCGCUGGAACUUAUUACUACUGCCCAUUUUUAGGUGAGAAUCAUAUGGAUGACCCAGAUUUUGUGCCAGAGGAGGCAAGAAGAAAACAAAAAUCACAUAGAGAUCCAGCAGAAACCAGAUUACAUCAGAUGCAUUUGAGAAUGAUAUCAAUAUUAGAUGAACUUUGGACCGGAUGGACGUCGGAAUACCUUUUAGCCCUAAGGCAAUUUGAGAAGGGACGACGGAACAAGAAGUCAGGAAGAAAAACUCCAGAAGUUGGAGAAGCAGUUAUUGUAGAAGACUCGAUUUUAGCCAGAGAUCAGUGGCAAACAGGAAUCGUCAAGGAGAUCCUCCAACCAAGAGGACACGGACCGCCGAUUACAGCCAUAGUCAGAUUUCGAAAGCCAGCAAAAGACGGAAACACCAAAAGAAAGUCAAACUGGAAAUAUGAAAACUUUGUGGACAAGCGGAUUCCGAUACAGUCGUUAUACCCGCUCGAAAUUGAGAAACAGGACGUUAUCUUGAAAAAUUUUGAUGUUGAAGAAGAUGCGAAUCAGAAUUUUGAUGAAGAUGUUCAAGAUGUAGUUUUACCAGUGCAAUUGAUUGAUAAUUUCGAAGAAAAAAUCGAAUUUGGAGAAAAUUCAAACAAUUGUUUGAGUUUCGGCACGAAACCGCGAACCGGGUACGGUAUGGGCGCGAACCGCCGCCGACGAAUUUCGGCAACAUUCCAGAAGUUUCCGCAACUCGAAUCGGAUUUGGAAAGGCCAACGGAAUUGAACGAGAUUGUUGGAGAUAUUUCGUGUUUUCUUCGAGAUAACAUAAUAGACGGUAAUAAUUUUAAUUCUUUUUUGUUUUUAGAUAUCAAUACAUCUCAGAAGAGAAGUUCCCGAGGAAAUCUAGCUGGGAGAAUGUCGACGGAAGAAAGAAGAAUCGAAGGAACUAGUGCUGAGAGAAGAUCGCAGAGAAAGCAGAAGGGCGAGCACAUAGCUGAUUCAGUGGAAAGAAGAAAGGACGCAGAGGAAGACUUCGAUGUUCAAGAACAAGACCUCUUGGAUUUGGCAGGCACUAUGACUGAAGAAGAGGCUCAGCAACUAUUAGAAGCCCCGGAUCACGACAGUUUAGAAGAAAAACUGAAGCAGCAGUGUGGGUUGGAUCCGCAAGAUACGGAGAUGAUCGGUUGA